AUGAGUUCUUCGCGGGGCCACGACGAAGAGGUGAUCGUUCGCAGCAUUACACCUGUCUCUUCCGAUCAAAUCACCGAUAAUUUGCGACAAUUCACUCGCUCUCCACAUCCGUAUCAUCGCAGCAGAAACCCCAUAUCGCGAACCCCCUCCGAACAGGGCGACCUGCUCCGGCCCCCAUCUUACUCCAAAUCAUCACGAACGCCAAGCGACAGCGGUACAGAGGCGGACGAUGAGAGCACCGGUAUAUUAAGAGGUCUACCAGCGCCACCACCCCGGCCUCGAAAGGGCCUGCGCUCUGGCGUGAACGGCGUUCUCGAUGGUGACGCGUGGUUGCCUCAUCUCCAACCAUGGCCGUCAAUUGUACGGCAAGUCUCGCGCGGCUCGCGGAGGAGUUCCGAGGAGGACGCCGAGGAAGAGGCGCUCGAGACCCAACGGUUGAAACAGCAAAGGCGGGUUGAGGUGUUGCGGCGACUGAUGGAGACCGUACUGCUCUUAUCGGUGGGGGUGGUUGUCCUGUUGCCAAAAGAUACACGUUCACUAGCCUGGGCGUGGAAGAAAGAACUAUUCACCUAUUUUCUUCUAAUAAUAGCCCUGUACGGGUCUUAUCCUUCCCUCCUCCGCAUCUCGACUCGCAGACGAUGGCACGCAUGGUCUUCGAAACGCGCUUUCUUUUCUAUACCAACGAGCUUCGACCCCGCGCCACUACUAUACCCACCCCUCAUCCCGAUAUUUGUUGCACUGUCCCUCACAAACCACCGUCCAGCGCUGGUCAUGCCGAAUAUCAUCCUCGGACUCGCAUCUCUCCCAGCACCAGUGAUACCAUUGCACGGCUGGAGCAAUGGUCUCAGCAUACCUCACUGGAUAGUCGCUGUGAUACCAGUUCUCGUCUCCGAACACUUCUCUCUCGACAACACCACCCCCAAACCGCUCAUCCUCCGUGGACAUGAAGCGGAAAUGUUGCUUCUUCUAUUUCCUUUGCAUCAAGCGUUGAUACCCACAUUAGACUUUUUGUUGACGACAAGCCUUCUUCCCGCCGAGCUGCAGCUUUUAACGACAGCUCUCAUCAAUUUAUAUUUGUUCGCGGCCUCGCCUCAGGCAGAGAUCCUGAAGGCUCUAUUAUGGCUCGGUGGGAUGUGUAUAUUCGUGUCAUGCCGACACAUCCUGCGCUGGGAGAUUAUUUUGGCUCGGAUCCCCAGCUGGAAGUUCCGCCGCUCGCUCAGGGACUCGCAAUCACCACGGAAAUUGCUCAAUCUAAUGGACCACCGACUUUGUCAGAGACUCAGCGGGACCGGGUUCUCUGAUGAACCCUCAUCAGACAGCGACGGGCCUGGCAGUGUACGCAGACUACGGAAAGUGAAGACGACACGAGACGCUCGAGAACCAACUUCGCCACUACGAGUACCCAGCUCAGCGAUCGAUAACAUCAGUGUGGAAGAGGCCUUUGAGCGGCACGGUCGCACGGGGCGUGCACGUCGCCAUACGAUCUCGACGUUUGAAGACGUGAUUCAAGAAGAGCGGGUUCGCACUACUCCGGGCGGCCGACGCAAGAAGCUUAUGGGCCCCGGUCUUACCUCAUUCUUAUCAUUGACUGCAGCCCAGGCGCAGGUCCGCAAGUGGCUUUACGCCAGUUAUGUCUACGUUAUCUCAAUGGCCAUCAUCAUGGGACCUAUUCGAAAAUACGUGGCCGAGCGAGCUCUACAGGGGCAAGAUCCAUUCGGAUGGGCGAUCGGUUACUUGCUGGGUAAUAUAUCCAACGUCCGUUUCUGGGUACUCAUGUUGAACUUGGAAUACUGGAUCCAGCUGCCACCUCGCCCUGAAGCCACGAUGGAAACAGCCUCCUGCUGGCUUGGAUGGGUUGAGCAUCUUCGACAGACGACAUUUGGCCCUGCCAACACUCGCCUUCUCCUUAUGGCAUACUGCUUAUGUGUGAUUGUGCUUGGACUGGCGGUGGUUUUCCAACUCAGCGCUGUGGCCGAAGUCGACACGCGACGAAAAGUCUUCCACGGGAUGAUGGUGCUGAUGUUUUUGCCUACGGUGUUUGUGGACCCAGCCUUCUGUGCCCUGGCUCUGGUGCUGGUUCUAUCAAUCUUUCUUUUACUGGAUCUAUUCCGAGCAUCCCAAUUGCCUCCCAUCUCUCGGCCAUUGACUUAUUUCCUCGCUCCGUACGUGGACGGUCGGGAUCACCGCGGUCCAGUCAUCGUCUCGCAUGUUUUCCUUCUCAUCGGAUGUUCAAUUCCGCUGUGGCUGUCGUUGGCUGAUCUCACGAGGGCAGGAGAAGGCGUCUGGGUGGGGUGGGAAGUACCGACGCGAGACGUCAGCAUGGUCAGCGGGGUGAUCUGCGUGGGGAUGGGCGACGCGGCAGCGUCACUGGUGGGUCGCCGGUACGGGCGGCUAAAAUGGUUCUGGGGAGGUGGCAAGUCGCUGGAAGGCAGUGUUGCAUUUGCAGUAGCGGUAUCGGGGGGGGGCUGCUGGCGGUUCGUGCCUGGCUGA